AUGGGUAACGCACCACGGCCGGGUACCUGGGUUUUGGAAAAAUCGCUAGAUGGUGUCAAUUACGAGCCAUGGCAGUACUUUGCAACAUCGGAUGCUGAAUGCAUGAGGCAGUUCGGAAUUCCAGCAACCACCGGAGUGCCGAAGUAUCAACGUGAUGAUGAGGUAUUUCGCUUUAUUUGCUUCGUACAGUUACAGAGUGCAAAAUUUUCAAUACUUACCAAGGAAGGAUUCCAAGUCCCAGCGGCGAUUCGGAAUGAAAUGCGUAUCGACAGAUGCAUUUUUAUGAGCUGA